GAGCAGCGACAUGGGAGGAGUUCCCUGCGAGUGCUCUCUCCGUCUGCGGAGAGACCACUCUCGGUGGCAGAGGUGGUCUCUGCUCACCUGAGCGUUUCAGGUGGCAGUCGCCCUGCUGAGUCGCUCAGCGACGGGUUCUCCUCGUGAGCGCCGCGAGCGCGAUUCGCCCAGCCUCCUCCGCGCCGUUGCACGGCGAGAGCAGAGAGCAAGACUUUUGCCGUGCGAGAGAGAGAGAGAGAGAGAGAGAAAGAGAGAGAGAAAAAGAGAAAGAAAGAGAGAGAAAAGAGAGGGAGAGACAGAGAGAAAGAGACAGACUUGGACGACUUCCGUGCGAGUCCCUUCGCGCGAUGCGAACCGGAAGAAUCGUAAUUCUUACCUGCGGCAACAGCAACAGCAACAGCAACAACAACAACAACAAUAACAACAACAACAACAACAACAUCUACCUCCCGAAUUCUCCUUCGUAGACCGAUAAAGCGGCCGUCGGUCUUUCGAAGACAGAUGCGACCGCUUCGAAGACGUUCGAUCUCGUCCAAUCGUCAAGUCCUAUCGCCAGUAGGACGAUUUUACUUUGCGAGAGAGAGAAAAGGAAAAAGAGAAAAACCGAUCGCGCGAUCGAGUUGAUCGAGUCGGGUUGUUUUAAACGAGGACUGAUCGAUAGCUCGGACCGACUCGAUCAGGUCGGAGAGAUGUUUUCCAGUGGAAUGGCGGUAGAUUAAAAACAGAGAGAUAAUUACGGUCUCUUGCCGGCUGAAGAAGAGGAAAAUCCUUGGUGAAGCAAUCUCGUCCAGUUAAUUAUUCAGCCCGUUACCAGUGCGUCCGUUCGAAAGGAGCAUCCUCUCGACGGCGGUCUCUCUUUCGACGGCGCAAGAAUAUUUAAGUAUCGCUCCGGAGGGGUCUACGUGAAUCGAUCAAUUCUCACGAUGAGCGAUGCACGCCACGCGACGUGAUCGCAUGUUGCAACGCAAUGAAGAGCAACGCGAUCGCCAGUCGUUCCGCCGAAGCGACGCUUUCUGAUCGAGAGGUACGAUCGGGAUUUCGGCGGCGGAUCCACGCGCGCAGAAAGUGAGCGUCGCCAGCAAUUUGGUGAUCCGGCCAAUCGGCGACGAUCGGCCAGCCGUAGCUGUGUGCACACGAAAAGAAAAACAAUCGUCGACGCUUAUUAAAUGAACCGAGGCGAUUUUAACGAGCGAUCUAUAGACGGACGUGCGUGACCGCUCACGAGCGACGUAUAAAUUUGUCGUGAAAUCGACUCGUCCGACGGCAUUCUGGCGGAAUUAUCGAGGUAUCGCGUAAUAGCGAGCGACGGUAAAUACGGCUGCAAAAGGCGCUCGCGGUCGCGAGCAGCCGCGAGCGCGAAGAAAAAGCCAGUCGAGGGAUUCACGACGAUAACGAUGAAGAAAGUGUCGGCGAAUAACGAGAAGAUCUUUCCAGAGCAGCGGGAGCAUGCACGGCGGGUCGUUUGUUAACGAGCGAAGAAAGACAGUCGACGUCGCCGAGUAGCCCCGAAAGAAUCAAAGUAUCCGCCACUUGUACGCGAAUCUGAUCGGACAGGAGACACGAUAAGAAACAAGAGCACUAAUUAAUUUACACAAGAUCCAGCGGAACGACUCACGCAGAGUAACUCUGUAGCUCACGCACCCCCGAUAGAAUGUGAAUUAAAAGGGACGGCGAGGAAAACGCGGUCGGUCGUAAAUCUCGCGCCGAUCAAGGUGACAGCGGAAGCCAACGCUGUUAUCGCGGAUAAUUGUGCCAAUAAUCACGCGGUAAUAAUUCAACACCGCGAGACAGGCUCCACACAGGUGUCAGCGAUAAUCGCGAUCGACGGUGGGGUCGAUCGGGCCGGUGUAUCGAUCGAUAAUAUCGUGUUAAAGAUCCGCGAGGCGCAUCAUUGAAUUGAACGCGUCGCGGAAAAUAUUCUUUCUCCCUCUCUUGCCUCUUGCUCCUCGCGAGGAUGCGACGAGGUCGCGCUUAAGAAUCAACGGUCGCCGGUUCGCCGGUCGGCUAAAUGUCACGCGUGAAGUCACGAAUCUCGUCGAAGUGUCGCGAAAUCGCUUUCGAGUGCCGAGUGUAAACUACUAAUGAGCGAUCGUUAAUCACUCGCAUACCACACGCAAGUGGAGCAUGAUGGGAGAGGUGAUUCGUGUUUCCGGGAGGGCGGCGGACGUCGGGGACUUCCUCAAGGAGGCCAUGCUGUCACAGCGAUUCGCGGAUGUGGCCCUAUGCUGUCCCGGAGGUCAAAGGUUCCUCGCGCAUCGCCUGGUCCUGUCGGCCGCGAGCCCUUACUUACAGGAGGUACUGCUGGCGCACAGCAAAUCCGCCGUUCAUUGCGAGCCGAUCACGGUGAUUCUGGCGGAGGUGGAGGCGCCGGAACUCGCGGCACUCCUCGGCUUCGUGUACACCGGAAGCGCGACGGUGCCGCGAGUUCGACUGGAUGCGUUUCUGCGCGCCGCCGAAGCCCUGCGCAUUCAGCUGCCGCCGGUGCCAGUCGUGAUGACGUGCAGAGCGGACCAGGCGGACUGCAAGCUGGAGGACGUCAAGGACGUCAAGGUCAGCCCCAAGUACUUGCAGUGCGACCAGUACCCAUCGUCCGACAGGUGGUACCGAUCGGCAAGGCUAUCGUCGAGGCUACCCUACGAGGACUCGUACGAUCGGAAAGAGUCCUGCGGCAGGGUAUAUCCUGCGCCGGAAAACAGCAGGGACAUCCUCAGAGACACCAGGACGCUCCAUGAGCUCGACAGUCCCGUCAGGUCGGCGUUCACGCCUACCUGCGCGAGCGCAUGGCCAAUCGGUGGCUUCGUGCAGCAAGACCGAACUAUGGGAGAACCCGCAGCGGAGAAAGAUCACAUCUCGACGACAGGUAGACCGGCGCACGAGCGCCACGCCGACAAGAACCACGCGAUCCCAGCGGUUCCCAGCGGUGGUGAGCCGCUCUUCAAUGUGUACCAGUCGACCACGUGCCUUCCACCGGUCGGAUCCGCUGCGGAAGGAUACGCCGGGCUGGAUCCGCUCGAGAGGAUUCGCACGGGAUACGAGAGGUUGCAGGUGAUGAAUUGCGUGACCGGCAAACCGACGGAUGAAGACGCGAGCGCGGGUGGCUCGGGCGAGUUUUGCGGAAGAACACGGGACGAUUACAGUCGCAGCGAGUGCCCCUACCCGAGCGGGAUGCAGUCGUCGUCCUUGCAAUGCGCCGCCGGUCGAACGAGGUCGUACGAGAGGCCCGAUUACGGUCAGGCGGGCGAGGAUCUCAGCUGCGGCGAAAGUUGUUGUAGGUGGAGGACCGCCCGCAGGCACGUGGCCAACCGCGUCACCGCGUCGCCGUGGCGCCAGAUCAUCAGGCCUCAUCAUUCACCGAGAACAAGGCCCGUCGAACGUCAGCUCGAUGAUAUGGAGAUGCAGAAGAAGCCGCCGACACCCGAACCACCACCACGGUCUACGAUAAUAUCGAUGAGCCCGAGGAUCCAAUCCCCCAGGAACGUGCCGCGAAACGAUGGGGGGGGCCUCUACGCUUUCGAAGUUCCUAUCAACUGCGAGACGAGCUUUAACGGCGACGCGAGACCGCGCGAGAUGAUCAGCGGCCCGGAGCCGAGGAUCCAGGAGAUCUAUAGCUCCCCGCUUCCAUUCGCGCCCUCCGGUCAGAUCGCGCCGUUGAGGAGCAACGAGCCACUCUCUUUCCAGAAUAGCAAUACGUCCGCCCGACCGUUAUCCACCGGCAAUGACAAUGUUAUCACGAGCAAGAGCAGCGGAGGGUGCGGCGGAUACGCGACCUCGCAACCAGCCCCGCAAACAUCGACGAAGCCUGAACUGUCACAUCCGAUCAGCCGUUUGUGCGACACAAUCGAUACUGAUGAAAGAGAGCAGAGAGUGCCCCCGGUGGAGACGGAUGCGACGAGCGCAGAGAAGAACGUGGACGAGCGGAUCUUCGUCAACAGCGACAACAACAACAACACCGAGACGAUCGUUAACACAGAAGUGCCUCCUCGCGGGAAGUCCGUCGACGACCACAGGUGCGACCAGUGCGGGAAGACCUUCGUCACGAGGGCGUCGCUCAAGGUGCACAGCCGCACGCACUCCGGAGAGAAACCGUUCCGCUGUGCCGACUGCGGCAAGCAGUUCUCCCAGCUGCGCAACUACAAGUACCACCGCAGCGUGCACGAGGGCACGCGGGAGUUCGCGGCCACCUGUCCGGAAUGCGGCAAGUACUUCAACGACCGCGGCUACCUGAGCUCGCACAUGAAGAUCCACCGGAACCGCAAGGAGUACGGCUGCGCGGAAUGCGGCAAGAGCUUCAAUCAGCGGGUCGCCUACAACAUGCACGUGCGCAUACACACGGGCGUGAAGCCGCACCAGUGCGAGCAGUGCGGCAAGGCGUUCUCGCGGAAGAUGCUGCUGAAGCAGCAUCUGCGGACGCACUCCGGCGAGCGGCCGUAUCAAUGCCAAGUCUGCCAGAAAGCGUUCGCCGACCGCUCCAACAUGACUCUCCACACGAGGCUGCACUCCGGCCUCAAGCCGUACCAGUGCACCCUGUGCUCCAAGGCUUUCACCAAGAAGCACCACCUCAAGACCCACCUCAACUAUCACACCGGCACCAAGCCGUACUCCUGCCCCAACUGCGGCCUCAGGUUCUCGCAGAGCAGCAACAUGCGGACGCACUUCAAGAAGUGCAGCGUCAACAACCCCGUCGGCCAAGGCGCGGCCAAGGCGGCCCGCUGCGACGAGGUCGGGGACGCGGACGGCAACGCGGUGAUGCCCCAGGUGAUGGCCAGGAGUCCGGCGGACGCCUUGACGCCGCCUAAUUCCGAUCAAGAGUCCAGCAUCCUCACGCCCAUCUCGAAGAGCGUCGUCGCGAUAGAGAGCAACGCGUAGCGCCGCAACUUCUGCCCGCUUGCGGGCACUUGCGGGAUUCGCGACUCCCGCGCGGAGUAAAGUGAGAAAGAAAAUGAGAUGUCGUGAGCGAAUCGUUACAAAGUGUCUGCGCCGCGUCUGUGAAAGCAGUGAUCAAGAGGUGUUUCGCGCGUUUCGCGAAAGAACCAAGUGUUUCGAAGUUUUCGAAGCCGAAGUCUGUCCGUCGGAUGAUAAAUCGAUCGGAAAUGGAGCUGCGCGCUCGAGUGCCUUAACUUUCACGUAGUUGAUAAGCGUGGACGAUUGUUAUAUAUCCAUCGAACAGACACGAAACGGAUAACUCGUUGACGCUCGUUGACCGUUCGAUCGAAAUUACCGAGCCGAGUUCUGUUAUCUCCGUUCAUCACUGCUCGUGGAUGUUGCUGUGUGUUACCCCGUGUAUGGAAAUAAAAUAUUUCGCGAGUAACGCGCCACUUGUAGGGCGCGACGACUUACUCGUGUCUCUGUGCCUAAAUUAGCCUUUAAAUCGUGCAAUGUAUUUUCGAAUGACCAGACUUUUAGACGUGAUGAAAAAGAUCGAGAGCGGAAGUUGCUUCCAUCCGAAGCGGGCUCUCUCUCGGUACGACAUAACGUAACACGGUCAUGCGCGCGCCUAGUGCCUUCCAGUUCCUGUGUAUUUAUUGAACUUAAUCGCGAUGCACGCGUGUAUGCAGAAUUCCUCGUCUUUUCUAAUCGAAUCUAACAUUUAGCAGCUUCUCUCGGAGACCCGCGCGACGAGGGCUCGAGUACUACAGCGACGAAGAAAAUUCGCGUCGCUCCCUUAUUGCGCGUCGAACAAUUAAUAACCCCUCUCCGCCUCCGUCUCCACCUCCCCCUCCCCCUCCCCCUUUCUCCUCAAGAGCGCACAGCGUGCGAUUGCGAUACGGCAAUGUCCAAUUGCCGGUUGCAACACCUCAAUUGCAAAUGCAAUCGAAAAGCCUGCAGCUGCUUGUAGGAAGUAUCUCUCGUAUUUGAAAGUAGUCGCGGGGACUUCGGAGAACAACCGAGCUUCCAUAUCAGCGCAAACAGUGCCUCGUAACGGCCUUUACUAGGAAACGUCCCUACGGCAGCAUUUAAGGAUCUGUUCCUAGAGCAACUUUGUUAACGACCGGAGCGUUUCUUUUUGUUUUCUUUCUUUUUUUCUUUUUUUUUUUUUUUUUUCAUUCGAGGGUUCAAUCGAGAGUUAGAGAUUGUGAAACGACGUUGAUGUUGCAUUAAACAUCGCGCGAAUAAACGCGGACGAAUAAGCUUACGGACGGUGUGAGCGACGGGGUCUUCGAUUCGGUCCUUCGUCAAAUCCUACUUAAGUUGCGAGAACACUUCAAGAUUAGAACGAACGAGAAAUCGGAGGAAUAUAAAAAAAGGAGUCAAGGAGAAUCAAGGAGAAAUAUAGCAGCCAGAGAUUCAGAGCGAGAGAUCAGAUAUAUUUAAGAUGGUUAAUUUCAGACUAAAUGUUAGAAAUAUUUUACGAACACGUUUUUUUCUCGACUUGACAAAUAUAUUUGAGAUAAUAUAUAUUGAGCCGCGAAUCGAGUACGAGCUUAUGAAAAUCGAAAGAAAACUUAUAUACAGAGUGAUUCCUGCGGCGAAACUCGUUCCGGUAAUUUAAAGAAAAAGCCGAGAUCUCGCGUCAUUAUAAAUGAAAUUAGCAAUUAAGCGUGUGCGAUAGAAUCGGAGACAGAGAGAGAGAGAGAGAUAGAGAGAGAGAGAGAGAGAGAGAGAGAGAGAGAGAGAGAGGUGUUCGAAACACCGCCGACGCUAUGUACAUACUCGACGUGGUAAAUAUUUAAUUAACGAACUCAUCGCAUAUGUUAAUAGGAGAUACACGUUUAAUAUAUGCAUAUAUAGACUGUAUAUGUAAAUUGAGAUAACGAAUAAAAAAUAAAAUGCAAAUAAACCUUUAUAUUGUA